AUGGAUCUAUGUAAUCUGAUUGAUGAUCCUUUUGAUUUCAUUGAGUGUCAAGGGCAGUUUCCCCCAUCGGAAACAAUGGCUGACGGAAAUCUAGACGAUGAAUUAAAUGAUAUUUUAUUGAAUAGAGCUCCAAGUAUUUCUCAGACUCAACCGUCGCUGUUACGUCCAAUUGAUUUACCAUCACAUCGAAAACAUUAUGGUCUUCUGACAUUUUAUAGAUAUCGUAUUCCAAUACUUUUUCGUUUGUCGAACAAUUAUUACGUGCCAUAUAUUCGAUUUUCUUAUGCGUUGAAUGUUCUUGAUCAGCAUCAAUCAAAUCGCAUAAGCCCAAUAUUGGACAUGGUAAAAAAUUUACCUAUACUGGAAAUGACGUCGAUUGAAACCGUUUAUUACGAUCGAGUGAUCAAUUCUUUAUCGGCAAGCAUUGAUAUCAUACCUGAAAAUCAUCCUGAAUGGUCGAAUCGAUUGUUAAGUGUGGCAUUGCUUGAUUGUCUUCUCGGUAUUUUGGAUUGUUCAACGUCGUUUUUUCAAACAAAUUAUAUCAAUACUGAAAAAUGGGAACAAAUUCUCGAAACAAUGAGACAAGAAGUCAAAUCAAGAUGGACAAUCGAAGAAAAACUAGUUAUCAAUCAGAUCGAAAAACAAAGUCGACAAUCAAAUAAUGAACUGGAUUCAUUAUGUGUAUCUUCGACCAAUAUCGCCCAACGACGAUUAUUUUUUGAAAAACGCUUAGAUCUCUCGAUCGUCGAUGAAUCCGGUGGCUUUGUUCAACUUGAUUCGUAUAUUUUUCCAUACAUCAAAUGCUUGAAAACGAAUAGAAUAUAUAUUAAUCUAAACGAUAUUCACAGUCGUUAUCAUCAAUAUUUACUUUUACCAUCAUAUUACAUUCACCGAUUUCCAUCGAAUUCCUCGCAAGCACAUUCUUACAGUAUCAUCAGCGAACAAGCACGAGAGAAUUAUUUUUGGAAUUCAAUUCAUGGCACAGUCUACAUGGCGAAACGUUUACCCAAUCCUGCAAGUCAAGAUUUCGAACUGAAAUUUCUCUCGUUAGAUAUAUUUCUUAAAGCGAAAGGAAUGUGUUUUGUCCAAUUGUUCGAAAAAUCCUCAUUGGACUACUUGACAACAACUUACAAGAAUCAAUUCGGCCGGCAAUUUGUUAUUGGUGAUAGUUCACGUCAAUGUGGUUUCAUUGAUGACGAUUUACCCUACAUACGUACGGGUAAACAAGAAGCACUUUGUCGAACGUGGAUACCUGCGGAAAGUGUAUCCGAACGUUUGAUGACGCAUGAUGAACGAUUAUUCAUCAAUUGCAUGUUAUUGUAUCAUAAUCGUUGGAAGAUGAUUUUGAACCGAUGUAUCCGUUCAUCACGAGCCGUAUGUAAAUGUUGUAAGAAAGAGUUUUGUCUCGAACAUCUAUGGCAACAUAUGAAUUCGAUCGAUUCCCAAUUGAAUCCAUUGAAAGUUGAAGUCGAAGAAAUUAACUCACAAUUGAAAACACUCGAUAUCGAAAGCAUUAUCACGAAUUUUCGACAGCAAAUGUUGCAAUGGCGUGUGGAUAGUUAUACAACAAUCGAUCGAUUGUCGGAAGACAAGUGUCAGGAAUUCAAUCGACAUAUCUACGAGAAAUUUAAUCAACACCGUCAAGAGAUCGAUCAAUUACAGUCUCGUAUCGAUGAAUUAAUUGUCACACACGACGGAAAUGAUCAGGAUAUCGAUUUGAUCAAGUGGAAAAUCGAUGAUUUGAAAGACAAUAUUCGAAAAGUUAAACGUUAUAUGAUACCUACCAUUUUGAUGUUACCAUUAAUCCUUGAUAAACAGUUAAUUCGAAUCAAAGAUUAA